AUGCGUGGCCGAGGCUCCUUCUCGCUCGCUCGCGUGUUGGUGCUCGUCAAUUCUUCCACAGCAUCCCGACGCGCUGAGUUCGAGUUGUGGGUGGGUGGCCUCGUCGCUUAUCGGAUCCAAUGUGUGCAUUACGCCGUCGACGCCCUUGAUGGACCUCAGUCUGCCUGUUCCUCGCAGUCGUUCUAUUCAGUGUUAAAAUUCUUGGGCGUUGAGGGCUGCGAUCUCAAGUAUUUGAGCCAACUCUGUCAAACUACGAGCAUAUGGACAGUGGACCUAGCUCACCUGUUGCGGCAUUUCAAAGUUGAUGUGGUGUUUCUAACUGUUACAAUUGGAGCAAAUCCAAGUUUUGCAGUCGAAACUUUUUACCAGACAAACAUGGAAGAAGAUGGGGAACGUGUGAACAUGCUCUUUGCGAAGGCCCCUCAAGUUGGCAUCCGAGUGCAGUGGAGAUCAAUAACUGGUGAAGAACUUUCGCUGCUGAUAUUAUCCGGUGGAUUUUUGGCCAUCAUUUUGGUUGACAAGCGCAAGCUUAGUCAUCCAUGGUUAGAUGAGAUUUGCCUCGCAGACUGCUGUGGUCUCAAUACAGGAUAUACCGGCCAUUACGUGGUCAUAUGUGGAUAUGACAUGGACAGUGACGAGUUUGAGAUUCAAGACCCAGCCAGCGGGAGUGGGAGGAUUUCGUUGGAUGCGUUGGAUGAAGCUCGCAGAGCUUUUGGCACGGACGAGGAUAUCCUUCUGGUAUGGUAUCUGUUCUUUCACCUCACUCACUAUUCAGAAAUGCGGAUCCAGACGUGGAAAUGGAGAAGAGUGGGAAGAGCUCCCGCCUAAGUUAACCCUUUUUUCUUUUCUUUUCUUUUCUUUUUUUCUUUUUUUUUUCCUCUGACAAGUUCGUUCCAUUAGACAUGAAUUAUUCAUUAUUUGCUUCUCCUGAUGCAGAUAUCACUGAACCAGACUAAGCGAGACUCUUUACCACUAGGCAGGCGUACAUUGAAUUGUUCUCAGAAAACCUUGUAGCAUUUUAAUGCCCCUGGACUUGCACAGUGAGAGAGAAUUAAUUACGCGUGAAUCUUAGGAUAGAGUGUGUUCCACUUAUGUGUAACUUUUGUUUUUGGAAGCAGUCUUUGGUCUCAAGCAAAUUCAACUCCAGUUGCUCUGCACAUACCCGAUAGCCAGUUUCUUCGUACAUUCCCAUAUAUACAUUUCAACUUCAUGUUAAUUCAUACCUUUAAAUUGUAUUCAAAUUUUUGUGUAGAUUAUAUAAAUAUUUUAAGGAGGAGUGCAACGCAUCUGCUCCCGGGGCCUGAUGGAUAAGGCUUCUGACUUCUAAU